UUUACCCUGACGUCAGUUUGCAGAACUAGCUCUGCCCUGUCUCCCUCAGCGUCUCCGAAACUCCACUCCGGUCAGAAUUGGGGGGGAAUAGAUGGGCUCCGCUGCUCCGUUGCCACUCGCUCGCCCGGAUCCCACGGAGUGAAUGAAAUGUUUUCCCCCGCACAUUUAAAGUGGACUAAAACAUCUACACGAUGAACACCUGCGCUUUUCUGUUGAUUUUGGCUGUUCAGAUCUACGCCGACGGCAUCGAGGGGCCAACAGCUGCCGGCUGCACGUUUGAAGAGGAUUCAGACCCUAAUCUGUGUGACUUCACCCAAGGGGAGGAGGAUGACUUUGACUGGCUGUUGUUUCGGACUAACAGUUCACCUUCUCCCAGCUUUGACCUCCUGAAGGGGUCGUAUAUGUUGGUGAACUCCUCCCAGCAUGCUGUGGGUCAUCGCGCCCAGUUGCUGCUGCAGUCGCUGAGUGAAAAUGACACUCACUGCGUCCAGUUCAGCUACUUCCUGUACAGCCGCGACGGCCACAGUCCCGGGGCCCUGCGAGCAUACGUGCGAGUUAACGGCGGUCCGCUCGGCAGUCCGGCGUGGAACACGUCUGGAUCUCACGGCAAACAGUGGCACCAGGUCGAGCUGGCUGUCAGCACCUUCUGGCCUAAUGAAUACCAGGUACUAAUUGAGGCGACGGUUUCCAGGGAACGGCGCGGCUACAUUGCCAUAGAUGACAUCAUGGUGCUCAACUAUCCCUGCUAUAAGGCGCCGCACUUCUCCAGGCUUGGAGAUGAGGAGGUCAAUGCUGGGCAAAACGCCACUUUCAGUUGCGUUGCUGCUGGAAGGGCAUCGGAGGCGGAGAAGUUCCUGCUGGAGAGGCACAAUGGCGACAUUUUAACAAUGGCGUCGGUCAAGCACCUGAGUCAUCGGCGCUUUGUGGUGUCUUUCCAGCUAGAUAGCGUCCAGCGAACUGAUCAAGACCUUUACCGCUGUGUCACUCAGUCCCCCAGGGGAUCUGGCGUCUCAAACUUCGCUGAACUCGUCGUCAAAGUACCUCCAUCCCCCAUCGCGCCGCCUCAGCUGCUGCGCGCCGGCUCCACUUACCUGAUCAUCCAGCUCAACACCAACUCUAUCCUGGGAGAUGGCCCCAUUAUCAGGAAAGAGAUUGAGUACCGCGCCAGCCAGUCGCCGUGGUCAGAGGUGCACGGAGUCAACGUGGUCACCUAUAAGCUGUGGCACCUGGAUCCAGACACAGAGUACCACAUCAGCGUGUUGUUGACUCGGCCUGGAGAGGGAGGAACCGGUCCUCCCGGGCCCCCUCUUGUGAGUAGGACCAAGUGUGCAGAGCCGAUGCGAGCGCUGCGAGGCCUCUCAGCCGUGGACGUCCAGUCCCGGCAGUUGUCCCUGCAGUGGGAGAACCUGGCGUUCAAUCUGACGCGCUGCCACACCUACUCGGUGUCCCUGUGCUACCGCUACACCACGGCGGGAGGAGGCGGGGGCCACAACACCACGGUGCGCGAGUGCCUGGCCGUGGAGCACAACGCCUCGCGCUUCACGCUCCGCGAUCUGCCGCCCUACCACGGCAUCCACGUCCGCCUGUCGCUGGCCAACCCGGAGGGGAAGAAAGAGGGCAGAGAGGUCACCUUCCAGACCGAGGAGGACAUUCCCGGGGGCAUCGCGCCAGAGUCGCUCACCUUCACCCCGCUGGAUGACAUGAUCUUCCUGAAAUGGGAGGAGCCUGUCGAGCCCAACGGCCUCAUCACGCAGUAUGAGAUCAGUUACCAGAGCAUUGAGUCGUCUGAUCCAGGAAUCAACGUCCCGGGACCGAGGAGAACAGUUUCCAAGCUCAAGAAUGAGACCUACCACAUGUUCUCCAACCUCCACCCUGGAACGACCUACCUGAUCUCCGUCCGGGCCCGAACGGUGAAGGGUUUCGGCCAGACUGCCCUCACCGAAAUCACCACCAACAUCUCAGCUCCCACUUUUGACUAUGGAGACAUGCCGUCCCCCCUGAGCGAGACGGAGAGCACAAUUACUGUCCUGCUGCGUCCGGCCCAAGGCAGAGGAGCACCUGUCAGCACGUACCAGGUGGUGGUUGAGGAGGAGACUGUGAAGAAGGUGAAGAGGGAGCUGGGGCUUCAGGAGUGUUUCCCGUUGCCCAUGUCGCACGGUGAGGCCCAGGCCCGGGGCACCCCACACUACUACACCGCCGAGCUGCCCCCCAGUAGUCUGCCAGAGGCCAGUCCCUUCACAGUGGGCGACAACCACACUUACAACGGCUACUGGAACAGCCCGCUAGACCCCCGCAAGAGCUACCUCGUCUACUUCCAGGCAAUGAGCAACUUCAGAGGGGAGUCCAGAAUAAACUGCAUCCGGAUUGCUCGCAAAGCGGCUUGCAAAGAUCACCGCAAGGCUCUGGAGGUGUCCCAGCACUCGGAGGAAAUGGGGCUGAUUCUCGGAGUGUGCGCCGGAGGUCUGGUGGUCCUCAUCCUCCUGCUGGGUGCCGUCAUCAUCAUCAUUAAGAAAGGAAGGGACUACCACUCUUAUUAUCCGAAACCGGUGAACAUGAAUAAGACGCCCAUUACCUACCGCCAGGAGAAGAGCCAUAUGGGCUCCAUGGAGCGCAGUUUCACAGACCAGAGCACCCUGCAGGAGGAUGAGAGGAUGGCCCUCUCGUUCAUGGACGCGCACACGUGCGGCACACGAAAUGUGUUUGAUUCAGGUGACGCCCGGAGCUCGGUGAAUGAGGCCAGCAGCCUCCUGGGCGGCUCCCCGAGGCACCAGUGCGGGCGCAAAGGCUCCCCCUACCACACGGGUCAGCUCCACCCUGCCGUCCGAGUGGCUGAUCUCCUCCAGCACAUCAACCAGAUGAAGACUGCCGAGGGCUACGGCUUUAAACAAGAAUAUGAGAGCUUCUUUGAUGGCUGGGACUGCACAAAGAAGAAGGACAAGACCAAAGGGAGACAUGACACCUUGCUGGGAUAUGAUCGCCACAGAGUGAAGCUCCAUCCUCUCCUGGGGGACCCCAACUCCGACUACAUUAAUGCAAACUACAUUGACAUUCGGAUUAACAGGGAAGGCUACCAUCGAUCCAACCACUUCAUCGCCACUCAGGGGCCCAAGCAGGAGACUCUGUACGAUUUCUGGAGGAUGGUGUGGCAGGAAAAUUGCUUCAGCAUCGUCAUGAUCACUAAGCUGGUGGAAGUUGGAAGGGUGAAAUGCUGUAAAUACUGGCCUGAUGACAGCGAGAUGUACGGGGACAUCAAAAUCACUCUGCUCAAGACGGAGACACUUGCUGAGUACACAGUCCGCACCUUCGCCUUGGAAAGGAGAGGAUACUCAACCAAGCAUGAGGUGCGUCAGUUCCACUUCACGUCCUGGCCUGAACACGGUGUGCCCUAUCACGCCACGGGACUGCUGGCUUUCAUAAGAAGAGUGAAAGCCUCUACGCCUCCUGACGCUGGACCAGUGGUGGUCCACUGCAGCGCGGGUGCGGGCCGUACCGGCUGCUACAUCGUGCUGGACGUCAUGUUGGACAUGGCCGAGUGUGAAGGCGUGGUGGAUAUCUACAACUGCGUGAAAACCCUCUGUUCCCGACGCAUCAACAUGAUCCAGACAGAGGAGCAGUACAUCUUCAUCCACGAUGCCAUCCUGGAGGCCUGCCUGUGCGGAGAGACGGCCAUCUUGGUGAACGAGUUCGCCGUCACCUAUAAAGAGAUGCUGCGGGUGGAUUCCCAGAGUAAUUCCUCUCAGCUGCGGGAGGAGUUUCAGACGCUCAACUCUGUGACCCCCCACCUGGAUGUGGAAGAGUGCAGCAUCGCCCUGUUGCCCAGAAACCGGGAGAAGAACCGCAGCAUGGACGUGCUGCCGCCCGAUCGCGCCCUGGCCUUCCUGGUUACGACGGAAGGGGAGAGCAACAACUACAUCAAUGCUGCUCUCGCGGACAGCUUCCAUCGGCAGGCCGCUUUCAUCGUGACCCCCCACCCCCUGCCCGGCACCACGGCCGACUUCUGGAGGCUGGUUUUCGAUUAUGGCUGCACGGCCGUGGUCAUGCUCAACCAACUCAACCAGUCAAACUCUGCUUGGCCCUGUGUGCAGUACUGGCCGGAGCCCGGUCUACAGCAGUACGGGCCCAUGGAGGUGGAGUUUCUGUCCAUGUCGGCAGACGAGGAUGUCAUCACUCGACUGUUUCGGGUCAAGAACGUCACAAGGCUCCAGGAGGGCCAGCUGGUGGUGUGCCAGUUCCAGUUCCUGCGCUGGUCGGCGUAUCGCGACGUCCCCGACUCCAAGAAGGCUUUCCUCAACCUGCUGGCGCAAGUGCACAAGUGGCAGAGGGAGUGCGGGGAAGGACGCACCAUCGUGCACUGCCUCAACGGGGGCGGUCGUAGCGGGAGCUUCUGCGCCUGCAACAUCCUCCUCGAAAUGAUCCAGUACCAGAACAUGGUGGACGUCUUCUAUGCCGUGAAAACUCUACGCAACUGCAAACCCAACAUGGUGGAGUCCCUGGACCAGUAUCGAUUUUGCUAUGACCUUGUCCUGGAGUACUUGGACUGCUUUGAAGGCAGAUAGCAACUAAAUGUUUACCGCAGCGGCAGUAUCCCCUGUGCUGGAGAUUUGAUUUAAGGCCACCUGGUGACCGCCUUCUACUUUAAUGUUUGGACCUGUGGACUUGGUUUUCGAAAAGGACUGCAGAGGAAGGAGAGGAGAGGAAAAGAAAAAAAAAAGAAGAAAAAAAAAACGUGGUCAAGGUUCUAACUUUUAACCUUUAAUGUACAGCCGUGAUUUCCUCCUUGUUGGUGAUGUUUAUCUCUUUUGAUAUUUUUUUGUGUGUUUUUCUCGGUCCUCUUUGCCUCUUUGACUGAAUCUCGUGUUAAGGGUUUACUGUAGCAGCAAAACAACAGAGAGUUCUCGGCUGCGAAAUGGACCUGUCUGUUGUGAAGAGGGGUCACCUUGGCUGCGUUUCAUCGUUUCGCUGGGACAGUGAGAAGGCUGGAUGUGAUUCCAGAAUUACAGCAGCAUUAUCUAAAGCAUUAUCUUUUUUUUUUUUCUUAAGAGCUACAUACAACAGUGGUUCUCUGUGGUUGUGGCAUGACUUAUCUCCCAUACCAUAAACUGCCUUAACGACAGAACAGACUCAUUCGGAUCGCUGAAUGAACGUGAAAAGAGACUCGCAGGACAGACCAGCCCAGUAUCCAACAGCAGCGAUGCAGAAACUGUACAGUAGUGCAACGUGUUGUAUUUUGCCAUAAUGUUUGUGCUGGAUUACCGUGUGUGCUAUCGGUGAGCGCGUCCAGGGGACCGAAGCAGCGGACCUGGUGCCACCACGGGAGAUUCUUGUCUCAUUACUGUCACAGUGCCAAUCCCGCUGACCGACUUGAAUCCCUCACUUCGUUCUGCUGCUUCAUCUUGACAAACGCCUACGAAACGUACACGUGUACCGCAUCAGAUAAUGUUCUUGCUCUGAAACUAUUGUUUGUAUUUUAUACACAGUGGGAGAGGAAAGGGAGCAGGGGGAAACAUAGCGAGAUGUCAUAGUGUUGAUGUGAAAAAUGAUGUUCCAUUAAUGCUGUGGUGAAGUGUCUCUUUUACUCCUUUGUUGUCUGAGGCAUCUGGUUAUACUGUAAACUGUUGAUGCAAGCUAAGCCAGUUUGGAUUAUAUCACAACCCUUUCAGGGGUCUGACGCUCAUUCUGCUAAUUCUGACAUGAAGUUGUUGUGUUGCAAAAAAAAUAGAAUAUAUAUAUAUAUGUAUAUAUAUAUAUAUACAUACAUAUAUAUAUAAAGGGGCAUUACAAUUGUGCAAAGGAGGGAGUAAAAAAAUGCUACCAUUUUUUCACAUUCGUGAUCAUCUUAUUAAAAGUAAAACAAAAAAACAAAAAAAAAAGAUGAAAAGGAAGAAUAGUAUUGUAUUGUGUGGCGUAGUGGACAAAUUAAUAAAUAAAUAAAGACAUCCACUAUUUUCAGCUACUGGCCAGUGCCUGGAGAGCACUCUCUAUGACUGAAUCUAUGACUGAAUCAGCGGUAGAUAUUGCCAGGUUAAAAUCUGUGAUACACAUAAUGAUCUGAGUCAGCUUUGAAACAUCCUCUGGAACGGCCUCUUCACUCAGAAAACAAGCUGUCUUUAUAUAUAUACAUAUAUAUAUAUUUUUUUUUUUUACAGGGUUUUGUCCCAGAAUCACAAAAAUAUCUUUUACGCUCCAUUAUAACCCUUUAAAAUAUGCUAUGCUCGGCAAAAAAUCCUUUGCGUGCGGGUUUUACAGAGAUGGCCGUGAAGGUAGCACUCCAGUGACGGGCCUAAGAAACGCGCCUUGAAGCCCGGAGAGGCUGAGAAAUGACAGCUGGGCGAACGUUGGCUGCUCGUUUGCGGCUCACAGUCUGGUUCAGGUGGGAACACCGGAAUAUGUGGUACCAACAUCACCAGGCUCUCACAGAAUUACUAACAGAGCAGCUUUGUUUUUGAUGAGGAUGGAGAAUGACAUAGCUAUGGUGUAGUCGGUGAUCUGACAAGCGUAUUGCUGGAGGAAGUGCCUGGACACUUUUUCUCGAGAGUGGAAGGAAUGUGUACAUACAGAUGUAUAUUAUGUUCUGUGAAUACUAUGUGAAUAAUAUGCUAUAUGUUUGCCCAGAGUAAAGACAUACAGUAAGUAACCACUACAUAACCGCAAAGCUGAAUGUGCUGUAAAUGACCAUUUUGUGAGAUUUUUGCCAGAACUUUUAACAACUGAGUUUCUGAGUGUCCCAACAGGUCGCAUGUGUGGAUCCAUAGUCUGCUUCACAUUUCAUUUAAAUGAUUUCAAAAUAUCCUGAUCCACGUUAUGUAUUUCAUCCAGCAGUGCGUGAUUGCGUUGUACUUUUACCAUUCCAAAGCUUUUUUUUUAAUUAUUAUUAUUAUCAUUAAUAUGACUGCUUUCUGAACUGCCAACAUAGGAUCAUCAAUUUUUACCCUUUCGUUUCUGUAUGAACCAACAGUUUUUGUGUAUUUGUGGGGACAAGAUGUGUAUUUAAUGAUAGAUAUGGAGAAGAAAAAUGUAUAUCGGGGGUCAGAAAGGGGGUUUCUGCUGAAGGAUAACAGCGUUUAACAAUAAAAGAAGAAGGGGGAUAAAAAAAAAAAA